UCUCUUUCUUUCAUUGUCUUGUACAUCACCAUGCCAGUCCCGCAGAGAGCUGUCAUGACACAACUUCACUUCUGUUUUAGCUGCUAUUUCUUGUGUGUUUCUUUUCAGUCUAACUUGUACCAGUGACGCAUACAGCGGCAGAAGACAAAGGAAGAGGAAGUCUGUAUCUUAUCACAUUAAUGAUUCGCACACUACAAGGAACCACCUGAAACACACACACGCCAAGAGAGAGCUUCAGACCCAUGUAGAACUGAGUCUACUAACAACAGAGAAGAUCACUGAAUGAGAAGAAUGAAGAUCUUCUGGACUUUCACUCUGCUGAUGAUCCAUGGUGUGUUGAGCUCCAUCCGUGUGAGAGGAUAUUCAGGAGGAGAAGUCAACAUCACAUGCAGAUAUGAUAGAAAAUAUACAGAGAAGAACAAGUAUUUUUGUAGAGGAGAGUGGAAAAUAACAUGCUCUGAACUUAUCAAGACUGAUAAGGAAAACAAAUGGGUUGAUUCUGGAAGAUUCUCUCUGUUUGACGACACAACAUCAGCAGUUUUCACUGUGACCUUCAGAGAUCUGAGUGAAUGGGAUUCUGACACGUACUAUUGUGGAGUUGAGAAACCAGGACCAGAUCCUUCGACUGAAGUGAAUCUGAUCGUUGAAUCGGGGAAUAGCACAUAUCGACCACCGUUGGCAUCAUCACCAUCAUCAUCAAUCACAGCUCCACCUGUUUCACUAAAUUCCCAGCCAUCAGCAUCUGAUUUAACACUGAAAUCUCCAUCUGUCAAAGGCUCGUCUCUGAUCAUCGGUGUGUCUGUAACUCUGCUUCUGCUCAUCAUCGGCCUCGUUUCAGUUAUAGUGGCUCUCCGUAAGAAGCAUCAGGCUCGAGAUAAAGACCCUGAGUCAGACUCUAAAAGGUCUGCACCUGGAACAGAAAACAGUGAAGAGGUUCCUGAAAUGCCUUACAUUUAUGAGGAUAUUAAAGACACCAGGCCUCAAACUGACUACAAAACUGCCCCAUUACCCACAAACCCCUCUGAUUCUACUAAAACAGUCUAUGCGACUACACAAUUACCCACAAACCCCUCUGAUUCUACUAAAACGGUCUAUGCGACUCCACAAUAACCCACAAACCCCUCUGAUUCUACUAAAACGGUCUAUGUGACUACACAAUUACCCACAAACCCCUCUGAUUCUACUAAAACGGUCUAUGCGACUCCACAAUUACCCACAAACCCCUCUGAUUCUACUAAAACGGUCUAUGCGACUCCACAAUAACCCACAAACCCCUCUGAUUCUACUAAAAUGGUCUAUGUGACUACACAAUUACCCACAAACCCCUCCGAUUCUACUAAAACGUUCUAGGCCACUCCACAAUUACCCACAAACCCCUCUGAUUCUACUAACGCUGUUUAUGCUAGAGUUUAACAGUGCAGAAGCUCAUGUGGUCACAUGAUUACAGUGAAUAAAUGUUAGUGAUUGGCCAUUUCAGUUUGUUGUUUUACCUGCUGAUGUUUUUAUCUUAUUUGAGUUUGGAGAACUCAGCACGAUGUGUUUUAUAAAUGUGAAUUUACUGAUGCAGCUCUUGAAGGUUAGUUUUUAAGCAUGUAAGAAGUGUCACUUCAUCAGACUGUGACUAUAAAUGUGAUUGUGUAUGUGUGUUGAAUCUGUGCUGCUCUCUCUCUCUCUCUCUCUCUCUCUCACUGACUGUUUCAAAGAAGAUUAAUAGAGUAAAAGCUGAUCCCACUAUGCAUCUGUGAUGGGACAAAAACAAUCCCUGGGUUUCCUGUAAAUAAGGGUUUAAUUGAAGAUUAAAUAUCCUUGUCUGCUUGACUUUGUGGAAUAGAAUGGACUUUUUUAAAGAUGUUCAACCUUUGCAGAUUUUUGUAAAGUUCACAGAUAUUUACAGCUGUAUGUAAUAUUUUGGUCAUCACUGAUGUUAUUAGUGCAUUAUUGGUUUUAUUCAUGUGAAAAGCAGGCAGUGGCUCAUCUUAUCACAUGGGUUUACAGCUUCAUAUGUUUUGUAUAGUUGAACCUCAUGGCCAGGCAGCUGCUCUACACUGAAGUUACAUACAGGAUAAACGACUUUGAUUAAAUGACAAGGAAACAAACACAUAAGAGUUUCACAGCUUCGUGACAACGGUCUUGUCUGUGUUUGAUCUGGAUUCAAAAUCAUGAUACAGGCGAAUCUACAUCUGGACAGAUUCAUUCAUGUGUAAUAUUCAACUCUAUUAUUCAAUAUAUUUUUUUUAUGAGAAACUUCUGUUUUACAGCUUCACUUCUGCUUUAGUGAUUAUUGGCUCCUGAUAAAUUGCCGGUGUGUUUCAUCAUUUGUUUGUAUUUUCUCUGCUGGCGAAUAUGUCUGCUUAAUGAAUAAAAAUGUUAUUUUAAUUGUUCAA